AUGCUUGUUCGCUCUGAGAAGAAGAGUCGGGCACUUAGGCUGAGGACUUCAGCAGUAGCUUUUGAUGGAUUUCUAAAAACUGAUGAAAGACAGAGACUGGCAAAGGAGAGAAGAGAAGAAAGGGAUAAAUACCUUGCUGCUAGGGAACAGCAGAUACUGGAGAAGGAGAGAAGAGCCAAGCUUCAAUAUGAAAAGCAAAUGGAGGAGCGAUGGAGAAGGCUGGAGGAACAGAGGCAGAGGGAGGAGCAGAAGAGAGCAGCUGUUGAAGAAAAACGGAGACAAAAGCUUAAAGAGGAGGAGGAACGUUUAGAAGCCAUGAUGCGUCGGUCCCUUGAACGCAGCCAGCAGCUGGAACAGAAGCAGAAGCGAUGGUCGUGGGGAGGAGCACUGGCUGCAGGCUCAGGAGGGAGAGAUGGUGAAUCAGAAAAUACCCCACCCCCUGUUCUAGGUUUAGCUGCCAACACCCUUCCUCCAGACCCUGUGACCUCUACUGCUCCUGCUGAUUCCUUCAAUGCAUGUGACAAACUUUCAGCCUCUACAAUGAAUCUGCCAAAGCAAAUGGAUUCGCCCAUCAGUAAGCGCCUCUCCUCCUCCACAGCGGCUAUAACGCAUUCCCCUGACAGAGCUCACCGCAUGCAUCUUAGUCCCAUGGAAAACUUUCUUGUUUCUCGGCUGCUGACUCCCACACAGUCAUCUCUAGCCAGAAGCAGAAGUACAUUAAUGCUUUCUGAGCAGUACAAUAAUCCAGUAUUCCAUAUCUGUCCUCGUGUAGCCCCAGCUAGUCCUCUUAAAUCUCCCUACAAGCCUUCCCCCAGCCGAAGCACCGACAGGAAGAAGGCCACUUCACCUUCCACUGCCGAGGCCAUGAAAGGGGCAGCUGCAGGUGAAAGUUCUCAGACUGAGAAGGUGAAGAAAGAGAAGCGAUCCUCAACACCUGCUUCAUCAUCUGGUGUGGGAUCUCCUCUAAGAAGGUCUGAUUCUCCUGCUGCCAUCUCCAGAAGAUCUGCAUCACCUGCAACACCUAAGACAGUUGCAAAGACUUAUCCUCAGUCUCCUAAAAAUGCCAAACAAUAUCCAGCUUCUCCAGUGAAGCAUCGUGCCCCUUCUCAUCUCAACCAGGAGACUCCUAAAAAGAAAGCAGACAAGGAGAAAGAAAACGUCAGCCAUCAGAAAUCCGCAGGGGCACGCACCGAGGAGGCGAGCCAGCCGGCUCCUGAGAAGCAGGGGUCCUCUGCAGGGAAGGCUGAAAGCAGUGAAGGGAAGAUCACAGCAGGAACAACUGAUGCGGAAGAAGCUUCAAAGAUCCUGGCUGAAAAGAGACGCCAGGCUCGCCUGCAGAAGGAACAGGAAGAAAGGGAGAGGCAGGAGAGAGAAGAACGGGAGAGGCUUGAAAGAGAAGAACAGAAAAGAAAGGCUGAAGAAGAAAGGCUUCGUCUAGAAGAAGAGGCUCGUAAGAGGGAAGAGGAAAGAAAACGUGAAGAGGAAGCUGCUAGGAAAAAGGCAGAAGAGGAAGUCAGGAGGAGAGCUGAGGAAGAACAAAUGCUGAAGGAAAAGCAAGAAAAAGAGCUCCAGGCUAAACUUGAAAAGCAGAGGGAAGAAGCAGAAAUCAAAGCCCGUGAGGCAGCUGAACAACUCCGCCUGGAAAGGGAGCAAAUCAUGCAGCAAAUUGAGCAAGAAAGACUGGAGCGGAAGAAGAGAAUAGAAGAAAUAAUGAAGAGAACAAGGAGGAGUGAAACGCCAGAAAUGAAGAAGGAAGAACCAAAACUGGAGGUACCAUCAACCUUGAAUGUGGAAAAGCAACCAAAGGCCCUUGUCCUUAACCAGCCAGAGAUCAAUGGAUUGGCAAGCUGCCUGAAAAAUAAAAGCUUAGAAGGUGCUGCCUCUGUAUUCCCUUCCCAAGAUGUAGUUGCUAAUGGACUAAAAUCAGUUCCAGGACUUAUUCAGCUAGAAGCUGUUGAUGGGAAAUGUAGCAGCAUGGAAGAUUCAGCAGAUGAGGUUCAGUCCAUGGAUGUGAGCCCAGUUUCAAAAGAAGAACUUAUCUCCAUCCCUGAAUAUUCACCCAUGAAUGAACUCAUGCCUGGGGUUUCUUUGGACCAAAACGGGACCAGUAACGCGAAGGCUCUUGAAGAUCUCUUGGAUUUCACAGGCCAAGCUACCUACUCCAAGAUGUCCAGUGAUACCAUUAGCCUAGAUGACUGUAACAAAAACUUGAUUGAGGGAUUUAACAGUCCAGGACAGGAAAAUACACUCAAUUCUAUCUGUUGACAGCCUGGCUUUCCAGCAGUACAGACAAAGGUACAGUAUUGUGAGAAACAUGUUAGAGACGAGAAAACUGCUGUGAUUGCUUACCAGCUUCCCAGAGAAAUAGAGCAGCUGUGGAGGGAGGAGGAGAAAGCUGGUCUCACAGAUCUGGAAAUCAGCAAAACCUUUCAUAUUUGCAGCUCUUUGUAAAUAGGCAGCGUAUGCAAAUGGAGCAUAUCCUAGCAACAGAAGGCAUCUGCUCAAUGGAAACGUUUCCUUCAUGCAUUCAGAGUAAAAUGAGAACAGGAGGCUUUGGUUGGGUUUGGGUUUGUUUUUCUUAAAGUGCUUCCUUUCCUCUAAGUCUUUGGAGCAUCUUUGCAUGAAGAAAACAGUUAAAAAGCAGGGCCAGCAUAGCAAAGUGGUCCUUAUUUUUGCUGCUUACUCUCAUCUGCUGCCCUAAGUAACUUGCAGCAUGAUGUAGAAUCACUGACCCUGGAAAGCCUGCAGAGGUGAAAAGCCAUGGCAGGCUUCAGUGACAGUUUCACAGUGCCACAGACACUUUUUGGUUUUGGAAAGAAUGUAUUUUGAGUUAGAAAACUGAAAUCAGUUCACUCACAGAGCUGCCUCAAUAGUCUUCUCUUAAUUGAUAGAGGUAGCAGUUUGUGGAGGAGAUAGAUCCCUGUUGUGGUGCUGGCAGGAAAAUAGGAGCUUGUCACUUGGGGGGGUGGGGGAGGAAGUGCUUCUGCAGGCUUUGAAUAUUGGAGUACAAAUAAUCAGAGCUGAACAAACCUUUGUCUUCCCAGGGAAUAUUUCUGCUUUUGGCAGAAACCAAUGAUGCAGAGCCUCGAUGGUUUCAGGGAAGGCCGAGUGUGGCAUCAGGAUUUGAGCUUUAGCUGCUAAUCAAGCACUUAUUUCUCGUUU